AUUCGGGAUUCCCGAUUCACACCAUACAUAAUAGAUUGGCUUAAUUUUUGAAAAUUAAGAUAAAUAAAAUUGCUUUUCUACUAAAAAUAAGAAAAUAGUAAAAAUCCCUGAGUAUGAGUGUUUAAUUGCAGGUACCGAUAUGAGCGAAUUUGAAAAAAAUCAAGAAAAAGGUUCCACUAAUAUAAUGUUAAGUGCUAAUGUUGAUGAAUCAAUUAAUUCAAAUAUAGAAGAAAUUAGAGCAGCCAACAUUAAAGAUGUGCAGAACCAUUUGCAAGAGUUUUCUAAAUUAUUCAAAUCCUACAGAUUGGACCUUUUAAGUUGUAAAAACUCAAAGAAAAAUAAAUUAAAGUCCUUAUUAAAUGACUUGAAGAAGAACAUUGCCGAGGGCAUGAAUGAGAUAGGAACAAGUUUGAGGCACCGACAGUAUAAUUUUAAGUGUGGACUUUGUAACCAAGAUAUAACGAUAGAACCAAACAAAGAUAUGUGGAGUUGUUUGCAAGAUCAUGAGCACUUUGAACAGUUAUUUUAUCAUUUCUUAAACAAAGAAAAGUAUGACCCGCCCCUAAUCAAUGAGAUACAAUGUGUGAACUUAUCUGAAAGCGAUAGUUCCUGGACAUCUGACGAUGAAACGGUUAGCGACGAUUGCUCCAAUAGUGACAGUGGCAUAGAGCAGCAAACAAUGGAGCCGUCUACCAGCCGCCUUCAUUCGAGUAAUCUUACUAAUAAAAGCAAAUACCCACCUACAACAGAGGAAAAUGUGAACAGUUUUCGGUUUAACUUUAAGUUGAGCUAUGACAGUGAAGUUGAAUCUAAAAUUUAUCCCCCCAGUAUCAUGGAUGGGAUCAGGAAAUAUGAUAAACUUAAGGAGUAUUCUAUUAUGAAACGCGGGGCUACAAUAGCUGCCUGUAUGAUUUGUAAUUGUGAUAUGAAUGGUUUACGGGUAUCAAAACAUUUGCUCUUCAAUCACACCAUGGGACAAAAGCAUCUAAGGGCCGCCCGAAACGAGUCGAGUAUAAACACUUUAAGUGCCUUCCACGCGUUUUGGGUGAAACAAGAUCCACCGAUUCAAGCUCACCAAGUGUACUUUUGGCCCCUGAUCAGAUCGUUGACGAAAAUGGAGUGUGCGCUUUGCGGAACGUAUGUCCCUAAUGAAAACAUACUCGCUCACAUUAUGAGCGUUCCUCAUAAAAAAACUGUUCUGGAUAUGUACGAGCAAAGGAAUAAUUUAGUAUAUUUAGUGCCUCUGCAAGUGCAGGCCUAUGGGAUUACUAAGGAGGAGGUGGAAACUAGGGAGAAUUUGGAGAAAAGCCAAAGAAGUAGGGAAAAGUCUGGUUCUGAGACAGCCGAGGAAACGAGCAAAUCGACACCUAAAAAAGACCGCCGGAAUCGUAAAGAAGUGGUACACAAAAUAAUAAAGGCAGUAGAAGACCUGGACAGUUUAGAUCCAUUAGAACUCUUACCGAACCGAAUGAAGGGCGAGAGUGUAUUCUUUCAGAGGGUAACAGUUCCUGUUGAGAAUGGUUUUCAACAUCUCAUUUAUUGUAAGCGAUGCGAGCAACGAAUUAAAGACGAUUUUUAUUCUAUAAGGAAUCACAUCAUGCGUAGUCCGAAGCAUGAUAAAGCGAAAGGGUCUUACAAGUAUUUUUGCGAAGUGUGUUCGGUCAGGAUGAAUGGAGAGGCUGACUGGAUUAACCAUUUAGUAGGGAGGAGACAUGCUAACCCAACCCAAAAACUAAAUCUCACCGAGUACGAAUGUGUUCCAUGUAAAACGGUAAUCUUUGGUGAUGAAUCUUCUCUGACCCGCCACCUAUCCAUAGGCGUUAAGAAGAAAAAAGACAAAGACAACACCUUAUCGCCAGAGAUAAAAGCGUUAUUCGAAUCGAAACAAAGCAUAUUGGAUCGCGCUAAGACGUUAAGAGAAGCGGCCGAAGAAGUAAUUGCGAGUCCGCAAACCAAAAUUUGCUGUGACCGAUUGAAGGAGGCCCUGUCAGUUCUGUUUGGUCAAUGUGAUGUUUACCCUUUUGGGUCGAGGAUCUCUGGAAUAGGCAAUAAAGAUAGCGAUUUAGAUGUGUUUAUAGACGUAGGAGGCACUUACUUCGGCGAAUAUUGCCAAGACCCCUCCGACCAAGUGGCGUUCAUAAGAAAAGCAACAAAAAUAGUGGCGGAUCAAAAGAUUCAUCAAAGUCCACGAGAGUUUUGUAAAGCGCGACAAGUACUUACCGCCCGCACUCCCAUCCUUACGCUUCACCAUACGCCUACAAAUUUGGACUGCGACUUGUCUUUUAAGCACGGGCUAAGUGUAGAAAAUACAAAGUUUUUAAGACUUUGCUUACAGCUAGAGCCAGCAUGUCAGGAAUUGAUACUCUUAGUUAAACAAUGGGCCGGACUUACCAUAUUCGAGAGGAUAUCAACCUACGCUUUGGCCAUAAUGUGUAUAUUUUAUAUGCAAUCGAAUGGCCACUUGCCUUCUGUGGAAGGCAUUCGGAGGCUUAACGAUGUGCCGCAUAAAUCAAUAAACGGAUGGAAAACAAUAAACUGUACACUAUCACUGGAUAAUUUGAAAAAACACGUGAAGCCAUACGAGAAAUCUUGCUAUGAUCUACUCAAACAGUUUUUUGUCUAUUACUCGAAAUUCGAUUUUAAUACUUACGUAGUUUGUCCCCUACUGGGUCGUGUGGUAAACCGUUCUCUAUUUGUAGAUGAAAAUCCCGAUCAGCUACCGCCUGAAAUGGCCGAUUACGUGGCCCAAUUAGAGCGAGAAGACGGCGAAGUCUUUAGAUCGCACUCGUAUAUGUGCGUGCAAGAUCCGUUUGAUCUUAGUCAUAAUUUAACCAAAGCCGUGCAACCUGGUACGGUUAAAAGGUUUCAGUCUAAUUGCAAAUUAUGUUUGGAACUAAUGGAGGCCUUUGAGAGGGGACAAUAAACUGAUAUCGUUUAUUAUUUUAUAGAUAA